CAUUCAUUUGGGGCAGCCGGAAGUAGUCACAGGGAGAGAAGCAUAAGGCUAAUUCAUAUUGCAGCGUAUUGUUGUGCACUGAGCUUUUCUAAAGUCAUGUGAAAUGUCUUAUGGGAUUGCAACGUCUCUGUCAACAUAAGCUUGGUUUGGGAUGUCAGAGGAGGACUUUAAAAUCACUGGUGGAUAAAGACUUCAUCAAUCGUAUAUUUUCCAGACCUAUGCUUAUGAAUGUCCCCAACACUGACAGCCAUGAGCAACAGCGCAGUGACCGGUGGCCAUCAGGAGUGGUUGGGACCUGGGCAGACACCGGGGCCUUCUCGUGGUCCCUAUAUUUCAGUCAUCACUAACAGGACCACCAACCUGCUGAUUCGAGGGGCCAUGCUGUUCUCUGUGGGAGUCUUCCUGGCCCUGGUGCUGAACUUACUUCAGGUGCAGAGAAACGUUACUCUCUUCCCCCCCGACGUCAUAAGCAGUAUCUUCUCCUCGGCCUGGUGGGUGCCACCCUGCUGUGGCACAGCCUCAGCGGGGAUCGGGCUGCUGUACCCCUUCAUCGACCGACGCCUGGGAGAGCCUCACAAGUUCAAGCGGGAGUGGUCCAGUGUGAUGCGCUGCGUGGCCGUGUUUGUGGGCAUCAACCACGCUAGUGCUAAAGUGGACUUUGCCAACAACGUGCAGCUGUCUCUGACUCUGGCGGCGCUCUCCAUUGGCCUGUGGUGGACAUUUGACCGCUCCCGCAGUGGCUUUGGCAUGGGGGUCAGCAUCGCCCUGUUGGCUACACUGGCCACACAAGUCCUGGUUUAUAACGGAGUCUUUCAGUAUACUUCUCCAGACUUCCUGUAUAUUCGCUCCUGGUUACCGUGCAUCUUCUUUGCGGGGGUGAUAACCAUGGGAAACAUAGGACGGCAGCUAGCCUUGUAUGAAUACAAAUUCAUUCAAGAAAAGAGCCAUCAGGACUGAGGGAUCUCACCAGGUCCUUAGUUCUCGCAGGAGUCUGAAGCCAGAAGCAGUUACCAGUGAACAUCUCCAUGCCGCAGACGUUGACCUGCUGGCUCUGGAUCAGCCAGUUGAGGCGUAUCUAACAAGACCUGAGCUCCUGCUGCUUUCUGAUGGACAUGACAGUAUUUUUGAUUGACUCUCGUCAUUCAGAGCUCCGGUGGCUUCUCCCUGAGCUCAGACAAACAAAGAGGGCGGAGGUUAUUGUGUUUCUGUGUUGCUGUUUAUCUCUACUUACCUGUAGGGAUUUAGCAAAGCAUCUAUCGUUCUUCAGAUCAGCUUUGUUGUGCCAAACAGUCACACAGGAUCAGUUUUAGAGUCUGUUCUUAUCUCCAGUCUUGCACACCCUUCAUGUAUCAGGGGAGAACACACAGCCUAGUUAACUCUGGAAAGAUACACCUGACUGUUUGCUGUAUUUGAUCACAUGACACUUUCUUGAUAAAGGAAUGAUGAUGUGUACACUGGCUUUGAGGCCACAGUAGGGGGGGGGGCUCUUCCCCUGCCACCUGGUCUGCCAAUGGGAGGUUUGCAUUUGCAUUGUGGGGUCAGUGUUCACCUGCGCUGGGAUCAGCCACACCUGCCCUGCUGCUCACCAACAUGUGUACAUCAUUGGUUCAUGAGAGGACUUCUUAUUGAUUGGGAAAUGUUCUGAGGGCUUUGGAAGUAAAUAGUACCAUACAUACAGCUGCACAGCUUUGAGUUUUAAGCAUUCUUUUUUUUAAAUUUGCUUAUUGUUGGAUAAUUUAUAUUUUUGUAACCAUUUAUCCAAUUAUAAUAUGUAACCUUAUUAAUUUUCUGGUUUAAAUAAAGGCCAAUAUUUAGGGUUAUCAGUGUUAAUGCCAAAUAUCCCAAUUAAUCUUCAUAGCUCCACAUUUUCUGUGUACAUGUGAAACUGUUGAACAUGUAUUUCAUUUGAAUCUUUAAUUUUCAUUAAAGAAUAGAUAAUAUAUUAAUAACUGUAGAUUAUGAAGUUUGGAAGGUAGAAUUUCAAAGUAGAAAUUGUAGGUCCAUGUAAAUAUCGUACGUGUACAUGAUCCUAUAUAAAUCUCUAGCUAUAGAUCCGGUGACAUAACAGCCAUCCCCAAUGAUGUCAGACACAGUCAGCAUUAUGUUGCCACUGGUUUCUGAAGCACACUGACGGUGUUGUGAGCUGAGGAUCCUGAGCAAUUCUCUUCGGGUCUGGUUGGAGCUCUGGUUCGCUCUUCUGAAUGCAUCUUCGUUACUGUUCCCUUGCUCUCCAAGAAGAACCCCAGUGUGUAGCAGUGUUAAAGUCUGCUCACAUCUAAAGAGCUCGGUGAGCAGCAGCUGACACAUUAAGAACCCUGCUGGUAGAAAGGAAAACAUAAGAAGAGAACCUGCAGAAUAAAACCGAGAAGCACCUGAAACAAGUGAGACUAGGUUACUUAAGGGACAUUUUUAUAGCUAUUAUUUAAUAAAACAUGAUUUUUAAAGAAGCCUUUUAAACAGUGUUUUGAAAACAUUUCAUGAUGUAUGGAUGAUGAUGGAGGGUGAUAGAUAAUGAGGAAGAACUUUGUGGAAAAAGCUAGCAUAGUUGAUAUCACCAUUACAGUUAAAUGAUUAGUCUUACAGAGGUUCAACACAGGUGAACAGUUCCAGUCAGUGAAGCCCCCUCUGGAACCUGAGCUCUGCAAUGUGUUGGUGCAAUAAAGAACAUGGCCUUUC